AUGGCUGGAGAGUUGUCACAGGACGACCAUGAGAGUGGUUCUAGCUCCACCAGUCGCAGCGCCUCAGAGAGCUCCAAGACCCUUCCCAAGCCCCGUCGCCUCCAGCAGGCCGCCCCCUCCGACCCAGACCUGCCCCCAGGCUACGUCCAGAGUCUGAUCCGUCGGGUGGUGAACAACGUCAACAUUGUGGUCAACAACCUGAUCUUGAAGUACGUUGAGGACGACAUCGUUCUGUCUGUCAACAUCACCUCUGCUGAGAGUUACACCGUCCACGAGUUCUGGGACCGAGCCUUUAUGGACAUCACAGCUCCUGACCUGGUGCUUCGUAAAGUGAUCAACUUCAGUGACUGUACUGUGUGUCUGGAUAAGAGGAACGGUAGUGGGAAGAUCCAGUUCUACCAGGAUCCUCUCCUCUACAAGUGUUCCUUCAGGACCCGACUCCACUUCACCUACCAGAACAUCAACUCUAAGAUCCCUGCUGUCAUCAAGAUCCAGACGAUGGUGGAGUCCCUGAAGCUGUCUAUCACAGACCAGCAGCUGCCCAUGUUCAUCAGGAUCAUGGAGCUGGUCCUCAGCCUCUACUACGGAGAGAUAGGAGGAGGGAAGGACGGAGAGGCGGAGGAGGAGCGGACAUGGAGAGGUCAUCACUACGCCAGAGGGGAGCAGGCCAGCUCAGGGAAACAGACACGACCAUACAGGUUCAUAGGUCAGGGGAGCCACGUUAGAGCGUGA